AUGAUCAUGCUGACGAUGCACAACGACACACAACGUCGUCAACAACCACCCCGCCGGUACAAGAGCCACACGACAUGGCAACGCCCCAUCACGCGGAUGGGAGGCGACAACGAUGAUGAUGCGGAACGUCAAUGGACAUUCUGCCUUGACUCCAGCCCAGACAAGCCCGCCCACCUACCACCAACGUACACCCAGCCAAACGAGCCACAGCACCCAGGAGCGACCACAAGACGACCAUAUGCAAACGAAAACGAAUGCCCAGCAGACGAAGAUGACAACCGCCCACCGCCCACAAGACCCACCAAUGCGAGCGCCCACGAACAACGACAACCGCCCACCAACAACGACAACCGCCCACCAAUGAAAACAGACGCCCACGAAAUGAAGACGACUGCCCACCAACGUGAAUGGACAUGGGCAAGGACGAGCCUAGGUAAGCCUAGAAUUAUGAUUCCAUAA